UGGUUUGUGUUUUAUUUGUUUACAUUUAAGCAAUAACUCAUUUCGAUCCAUGCGAUUUGAAGUAAUUAAAGUUUAGAUUGGAAUCAUGUAAUUGAGGUUAAAGAUGAAUAAAACUUUAAUAGAUCAAGUUGCAUUUGAUGCUAGGUUUAGACAAAGCACUUUAGGAUAUAAGGUGUAAACUGAAAAAACGCUGCAAAAUGGCAACGGAUACAACACAAAAUACAAUUAGAAAAGUUUAUGAAGAAGGUCUUGAAGUCAGAAAUCUCUUUAAUUUCAUUUCUGAUGGAUCCAUGGAGGAGGUUGGAACAUCAAAGAAACCUCCAGUAUCUCCUCGCCCUCAAUCUGUUUCCCCAAAACCUGCUUCCCUGGAUUCAAAUAAGACUAAAGAUCCUUCUCUUAUAUUAAGAGGAAAUAAAAGACGAGGAAUACUUUCUCGACCUAAAAGUCGAUUAAGAUCUGCUUCUGCUGGACGAAAUCCUGAGAAAGAUCUUCGAGCACGUUAUUGGACAUUUUUAUUUGAAAAUUUGCAUCGUGCUGUUGAUGAAAUAUAUCAGACUUGUGAAAUGGAUGAGAGCAUUGUUGAAAGCAAGGAAGCUAUUAUGAUGCUUGAAAAUUAUAGCAAAGAUUUUCAUGCCUUGAUUCAAUAUAUAAACAUCAAUAAAAAUUAUGAAAAAACUGAUCCACCUAAUCGACCUACAUCCUUGACUUGGGAAGUCAGAAAAUCUUCACCUGGAAAAUCUUUUUUGAAGAAUGUUUUUAUUGAGAAACUAACUGCUGGAAAUAGCAAUGCCAAGAAAAUACUUUGUUUUGAUCCUUCUAGUGAAUUCUCUUCAUCUGAUGUUAAAAAUUUGACACUGACUACAGCCAUACCAGGUAAUACAUGUAGUGAACCUCUUGACUCCAAAGUCAGAAUGGAUGUUGUCUUAGAAACAACAUCUAUAUCAAAUCCUCUUCCAAAAUGUUCACAUGAGGCUACAAUGUCUGUUGUUUCAGAACCUCUUGAUGAAACUUUUCCUUGUAAUGAAAAUUUGAUUGUAAAUAAGGUUCUUACUCAAGAAAAUGUUUUUGAUGAUUCCAGUAUUAAAGAACAAGAUCAAAACAUAAACACAUCAAAUACAGUAAUUGUACCUGAUGAUUCCAGUAUCAGAGAAGAAGAUCAGAAGAAAAACACAUCAAAUUCGGUAAUUGUACUUGAUGAUUCCAACAUUGGAGCAAAGGAUCAAAAGGUAAACUCAUCAAAUGCAAUAAUUGAAGAACAGACAGAAGCUUCUAUCAAGAAUGAGGCUGAUAUUAUUUGUUCAGAAUUAAACUCAUGUGAUGAAAACUCCUUAGCUUGUGAUGAAAACUCUUAUAAAGAGAAUAAUCCACCUAAUUUUGUCCAAACUGAAGCUUCUUGCAAGAAGGACUCGCUUGAGAAGUCUCAAAAUUCUAUUAUUCCUUCUUUGAAUCAUAAUUCGGAUGCUAAGAAAUGUGAGUUGAAAAACAUAAAGAAUGCUGAAAUUAAUGAAAGCAUUGCAGCUAAAGCCCCAUCUCCUCCAUCCUUGAAGGAUAAAGCAACAAGUACCAAACCAGAGCUUUUAAUUAAUAAAGGCUUGAAAAAAGCAACUGUAACAUCAUCCCUUUCCAAAAAAAAGAUUAAUGUUGCACCAUCUCUUCAAGAAUCUCGAGAAUCAUGCAGUAAUUCUAUUUUAAAAAUAGACCGUAUGGAUAAAACUGCAACAUCCAAAUCAACCACAAUCCCAUUGAAAAAAGUUGAAAAUAAUCUGUCAUCUCCAAGACCAGCUAGUACCCCCAUUUCUAAAAACUCCUUUAAUUUGAAAUCUAAUACAAUUUUAAAGAACGAAAAACAAGGCACUCCUGCAGAGAAAAAGAAGAUUUUGAAAACAAAUCACAGUGAAUCAGCUAUAAAAAGAAACAUAUCUUAUGUACAGUCCCUAAGUUCUAAAAACCAAAGUGGCAGGUUUGAAGAAAGAGGGAAGAAAUCUCAUUCUCGACUUUUGUCUGAUGGGCAUAAAGUACCUCAGAAAAGUGGUUCUAUGUCUUCUCUUAAUCAACCUCCUUCCUCAAAAAAUUGGACUCGUAAAACUUCUAGUGUAGAGAAAAUUCCAGAGGUUUUAAAGUCCAAUACAGAUGAUGAUUCUGAUGGAUGGGAAAUGGUGAGAGGAAGAAACAGAUGUAGAAAUUCACCUGCAAAGAAAUUACCUUUUUCAAAUAAAAGUCACGAAAACCAAGUUGCCCAAAUGGUUGAACUAAAUCUUAAUAGAAUUGGUGGUUUUCCUUAUACUACUAAAAUUAAUGGCAAAAUUAUAAAUAAAAACUCACAAAAGGUCUCAGAAUUAUCUAAAAAACCUUCUCAAGGAGGAAAAAAUAUAAAAGAUAAUAAGUCUAAAAAUGGAGUUGUUAAUGAAAUGCAAAUAGUAGAAAGUCCUGAACCUAGUUGUAAUAAUGUUAAAGAAUAUUCAAGUUCAAAUAAGGAAGGCAAAAAUUUGAUUAAUGCAAAUGAUUUUCAUCAAAUGAAACUUAGAAAUUCAAGUGAAAGCUCUGUGAGAAAAGAAUCGCUAAGACUUUCUUCAGAUGUCAUUUCUGUUCUCGAAAAAGGAAAAGUUACUGCUAAAAGGUUAAAAGGAAAACAUUUAAAAAGAUCUUCUAGUGUACCUGAUAUUCAUUCAUUACACAAAGAAAAUCCUUAUAAUAGUCUCUCAAAAGUACUCUGUAUCAGUGAUCAAUAUCUGGAAACUCAGAAAUAUAUAAAUAUCAAUUUACUUCAGAAAAAGCUUUCAGAAAAAAGUAUUGGUUCUGUUAAGAGGCGAGGAAAGAAAGCCCAGAAUAAUGGAGAUAAAUCUGAAAAGAAGGAAUUAAAUGGAAGCCAGGACGAAAGUGACAAUGGUUUAACAUCUGAUGAUCAAGAUGGUCCUAUGUCACAUGAUGAAGCAUAUGAUGUACAGUGUCAGGAGCUUUGCGAUACUGCUUGGAGAUAUAAAAUUCUGGAGCAACAAGUGCAUAAGCUUGAAUUAUCUUGGGGUGAACAGAUGGAUAGAGUUGAUAUGGAAUUAAGAACUCCUGGGCGAGCUUUGGAGAUGCAUGAAAAAUUAUCAUCACCAUUUAGAAAAAAAUCGCUGUAUGAAUCAAUACGUGUUUGCAAGGAAAAACAAUUAAAAGCACAAGAACAACGUGAAAGACUAUUAGUAGAAAAGGCUAAAAAAUUUAGACUUAUUCAAAAGAAGAGAGAAGAAAUGAAAAAUUUACAAGAGCAACGUCAAGAAAAGCAAAGGAUUCUUAUGGAACAAAAACUCCAGCGAGCUGAGGAAAAACGUAAAAAGCAACUACAAAUGAUAAUACGAAAAGCGCAUGAUGAAGAGGAAAAGGUCAAUGAAAUUGCUUUUAUCAAUUCAUUAGAAGCUCAAAACAAGAGACAUGAUUUAAUUUCAAAGGAAAAAGAUCAUGAAGCAAGAUUGCAUGAUAUCCAGGAAGAAAGGCAAAGAAAACUAGAAGAAAAGGCUGCAAAAGAAGCUGCUGCAGAGGGUAGAAGAAAAAUCUUAGAAGCUGAAAGACAAGCUCGUUUGACUGAAAUGCAGGAAAGAAGAAAGAUGAGAGAUCAUAAAGUUGAGCAACUUUUCCUAGUUAAGGAAAAGGAAAGACAAGAACUAGCCAGUCAGAAAGCUCGGGAUCGAGAACUUCGAAUCUCUGCCUUAAAUGCUCAACAGCAAAUUAGCAUUGAAGAGUUGCAGAAAAAAAUACAAUUAAAACAAGAAGAAAGUGCACGCAGGCAUGAAGAAAAUAUGGAACAGAUCAGGCAAAAAGCAUUUGAAUUGAGUAUACGAAGAUGUUCUUCAAAUAAUGAUGAUGUUCCACAGCCAGUGCCAUAUGAAACGAAAAAAAUAUGUAGCAUAUGCAAUGUGUUGAUUGGAUCAGAAGUAUAUCUUCUCAGUCACCUUCAUGGCAAAAAGCACCAAGAGGCUGUGAAAUCUCAGUAUCAAGAUAAAGAUCCAUCAGCUGAAGAACUAGAACUUUAUAAUUUAAAGCACAUAGUAGACGCCUCUACUGAUCAGCUGGAUCCAAAUAUUGCUCUGGAUAAAGAAAGGCAAAAGGCUUUAAAGAAGCGAUGUAAAAAGCUGAGGCAACGAAUGUGUACUAGGGGACAAGGAUAUGAAUCCAGUGUAUUAAAAGCUUCUGGAACUGUAAACUCAGCUUCUAAGUCCAAGAUGGGAAAGAUUCUAAAUAAUAUUAAAAAACUUGAGGAAAACUCUAAAGAUUCCAAUAUCUUCCCUGCUCUUGAACACAAUUUGAAUGAAAUUUCCUCAAUAUAUCAGAAAAAAUUGCAUCAAGAUAAAUCAUCAUUUAACGCUAUUGGUGGUGUCACUGCUUUAAUCAAUGCUUUUGGUGUUGUUACCCAUCUUCCUAUGGAAAGCAAUACUGUCAUGCAGAAAAAGAUCCUCAACCAUCUAUGUUCUACCUUUGAUUCUGUUAUUGAGAACUCUUAUGACAUCUGCAAAUUUAUUUUAUUCGGCAAUAAAAUUGGAAGUCUUCUAGACUUUUUCAUUCACCGAUUGAAUAUCCUUAUUCCUGAUAACAUUAGUCAGUUAAUGGCAAAUCAAGUAAAAUCAAAUGGUGUAAACAUUCAGUUGGAUGCAACUGCUGGAAAAUUGUUGUAUCUAUUGAAUAAUAUUUUGAAUACUCUUUCUGCAAAGCAUAAUUUCCCUUCAGAUAUUGAGAAAAAUAAUGAAAAAGGAAGUGAUACUGAAGAUUUCCAUUUCCGAAUGCAAGAUGUAAUCAGUUACAUAGUAAGCAUUGGCAUUGUUGACAAGUUAUCUCAGUUUUUUAAUUGCAUUCAAGGACCAAUAAAUAAUGAAACUGAAGUUGCUUCUUUUCUUCUGGACUGUAUUGCAUUUCUUUCAGCAUUAAUCAAACUAAAUUCUAUGAGUUCCAGUCCAGCUUCCAAUCGUAAAACAGAAGAUUCCACUCAGUUAAUUGCUACUUUUAGAGUGACCAAUAUGGUUGGAUCAGUGUCUUUAUUGUAUGGUCUGUUACUUCAUAAUGGAGCAUCUUCUCGAAGUGAGGGGACACCGCCUCCACCUCUUCCCAAACAAACUGAAGUCUUAGCUUUUUCAACGCUCCGUAUGUUGAAUCACAUGGCUGUGAUGAGUCUUUCAGCUUUCCAAAGCAUUUUAGGCAGUGAAGGCCUGUCUUUGCAGCUACGUCAUAUAACUAGUCAUUUGUUGUGGUACUGCAGUAAUUUUGAGUCAGAAGCACUUCUUCAUGAAAUUAUUCUUUUGGUUGGCUAUUUCACAGUUCUUAAUGCAGAAAAUCAGUCAAUUAUCCAAGCUGGACAAAGGCCAACUGUUUUGCAACAGUUAUGCUGUUUACCUUUUCUGUACUUCAGCGAUACCGAAUUAACUGAUAUCUUGUUUCCAACAUUAAUAGCUUGUUGUUACAAAAAUCCUGCUAACAAAACCAUUCUUCAACAAGAAAUGACUUCGGAAUUGUUGUCAAAUUAUAUUGAGGUUAAAUAUUUGAAUUUAGAAGAAAACAACAAGAAAGAAAAUAAAACAGACAUUCAUGACAAGCGAUGGCUAUUUCCUGUAAGAUUUCCAAAAUGUCAUUGGUCUUCUGCAAAACAUUAUUUCUCUAAUACCUAAAAAUUUUAGGUAAAAAAACGAUCCUUGCUUUCAAAAUGCAGCUUAGAAGUUAAUAUUAGAAUUGGUGGAAGUCUCAUUGCAUUUUAUUAUGCUGUGUUCAAUACAAUUCUGCAUUUACAAAGAUAUUAUUCUAAAUUACACAAUGAUAAUUUUUAUAUAAAAGAAUUCUGGUGAUCAAGAAUAGAAAAUAAAUAUUUCAUGACUUUGAACAAGUUUAACGAAACUUCCAUUUUGUUGACUGAUUUGAAACUAAUUUCUUUCCCAAUAAUUACAGUUUUGAUAUUAAAAAUAUUUUGCAUAUAAUUUAAUUACAAAAUAUACUUGUUGCCAAUUUUUUUUAAAUCAAAGGCACUAUUAUUAUUACAGCUAAAUCACUAUUUAAUUAAUUAUUUAGAAAGUAUUAAUUUUUAUAACUGUGUAUUUAAAUUUUAGUCUGCAUAUUAAAAACUACUCUGUGUAUAGUCUGGUAUAAAUUAAUUUUUAAAUUAGUUCACUAGUUUUUCUUGAGUUAAAUCAAAUUACAUAAUCAUAUUCUUAAAAAAAAAAAAAAAAAAACCUUCUUAAAAUUGAAUAUUUUGGCAUUACUGUUAUUCUUAUGAGUCUAUAAACUAAAUCACUUAAAAUAUAUUUUUAUUGUUUGAUCUUUUCUAUGUAUGAAUUUUGCAUAAUCAAUAGGCAAAGAAGAUAGGGGCAAUUAGUUUUUAGUUAUCAGAAUUCUUGACUAAGUAUAUUUUGUUGAUUUGAUAUAUUGUAUUGUUUAGAUAAAAUUCUUUAAUUUUUUUUACAUUUGUUUUAAAUAUAUGGUUGAAUGUUAAAUUUCAAAAUAAUUAUAUCAAAUGUAAUUCCUGAGAAUUUUUUUUAUUUAUGCUCUCUAUUUCUCAUUGCUUAUUUAAUGAGAAAUAUUUUGUAGAGAUGUAAAAUAUUUACAAUGCUUGUAAUAAAAUGAACUUCUCAACUUG